CACACAUGUGGGUUGGCCCUUUAAAAGGGAGGGCUUGGCUGUAGGAAGCCAGAGACAGCUGGGUCACUGACGAAGGGAGAGCAAGAAUGGCAGAGACCAGCACCCUGCCCACUGGCUUCGGGGAGCUCGAGGUGCUGGCUGUGGGGAUGGUGCUGCUGGUGGAAGCUCUCUCCGGUCUCAGCCUCAAUAGCCUGACCAUCUUCUCUUUCUGCAAGACCCCGGAGCUGCGGACUCCCUGCCACCUGCUAGUGCUGAGCUUGGCUCUUGCGGACAGUGGGAUCAGCCUGAAUGCCCUCGUUGCAGCCACAUCCAGCCUCCUCCGUGUCUCCCACAGGCGCUGGCCCUACGGCUCGGACGGCUGCCAGGCUCACGGCUUCCAGGGCUUUGUGACAGCGUUGGCCAGCAUCUGCGGCAGUGCAGCCAUCGCCUGGGGGCGCUAUCACCACUACUGCACCCGCAGCCAACUGGCAUGGAACUCGGCCAUCUCUCUGGUGCUCUUCGUGUGGCUGUCUUCCACCUUCUGGGCAGCGUUGCCCCUCCUGGGUUGGGGCCACUAUGACUAUGAGCCACUGGGGACGUGCUGCACCCUGGACUACUCCAAGGGGGACAGAAACUUCACCAGCUUCCUUUUCACCAUGUCCUUCUUCAACUUCGCCAUGCCCCUCUUCAUCACGAUCACGUCCUACCGGCUCAUGGAGCAGAAACUGGGGAAAAGUGGCCAUCUUCAGGUUAACACCACUCUGCCAGCCAGGACGCUGCUGCUCGGCUGGGGCCCCUAUGCCAUCCUGUAUCUAUAUGCGGUCAUCGCAGACGUGACUUCCAUCUCCCCCAAACUGCAGAUGGUGCCCGCCCUCAUUGCCAAAAUGGUGCCCACGAUCAACGCCAUCAAUUAUGCCUUGGGCAACGAGAUGGUCUGCAGGGGAAUCUGGCAGUGCCUCUCACCGCAGAAGAGCGAGAAGGACCGAGCCAAGUGAGGCUGCCACCCUGGACUGAGCCCCAGGCCAGGAGGCUGACCCAGGAGUCCUGCCCAGCAGCCUCAGCAGCCAAGCCCAGACACUCUCCCACCAUCCUCGGUGGCCCCUGGAGCCUGGCCCUAGGCUGGACACAAGGAUUCAGAAAGACACCAGGCUGCAUGGAAAGAGCCAGGUGGACCUGAGUGUCGGUCACAGCCCUCUACACUCAAGGCUGAGAGGCCUCAGGAAAGUCACUGCUUUUUAAAAGUAAUAAUAAACUCAAGGGAGUAGAGGGCAGUUUUGUUACAUGGAUAGAUUGCCUACUGGUGAAGUCUGGGCUUUUAGUGUAACCAUCACCCUAAUAAUACACAUUGUACCCAUUCAGUCAUUUCUCAUCUUUCACCCCCUCCCACCUUGUCACCCUUCUGAGCCUCCAAUAUCUAUGAACUCCAUGUCCAUGUGUGCACAUUUUUAAGCUCCCACUUACAAGUGAGAACAUGUGGUAUUUGACUUUC